AUGACUUACGUUUUAGGUUCUGUAUAUGGCUUGUUUUUGCUGAAAAACGUAGUUGAUGGAAACUUUUCGUUGUCGUUGUGGAAUCCUGCCCUCAGGGAGGUAAGGCACCUUCCUGAUCCCAAGUUUGAGGUUCAACCAUAUACUACUAAUCCUCAGAUACCAUUGAUAGGGAAUUUUGGGAUCGGUCUAGACCCCGUCACUAAUGACUAUAAGGUUGUCUGGUUUCUCUACUUCAGGGAUGACGAUAAUAUCCCUAGGAUAUAUGCAACAGUCUAUUCCUGUUCCGGGGACUCAUGGAGAAUGCUUCAACUUAAUGACCGCUAUAAGAGCCACAUAUGUGCACGAAGCUUUAGGCAACCCCUGGGUACCGGUUAUUUAAAUGGGACUUAUUACUGGCUAGUAUUGGGGGCGUGGAAGUGUAGUAUUGUUUCAUUUGACUUUCGCAAUGAGGAGUUUGGGGAGAUUGAAGGGCCAAAUGCUGGGCGUGCUUUCGAUCAUCACCAUUUGGUUAUGAUACUGCUCGAUGACGACUCCACUGCCCUAAUGACCAACGUUCGUGUAUGUGCAUUUGAAUAUGAGAUAUGGGUAAUGGUUCAGCCAGGGCUCUGGAACAAACUUUUUGCCUUGAAAUGCUUCACUUAUUCUCAAUGUAUCAAGUCCUGGUUUCCUAGGGCUGCCAUUUACGUCACUGAACGUUCUCACCUGGUCUCCGUUGAUAUUAGGACUGGGGAGACUCGGCCUCUUGGAUUUCGUCAACCAGGCCUGAACAAAGGCUUAUGGAAUGAAACCGUCUGUUCGGUUCAUAUUUAUAAGGAGAGUUUAGUAACAAUUAAAUGA